AUGGCAUCCUCAAAAUCCAACAACACCCUGUCCUCCACGUUCUAUCUCACAGGCAUUCCUGGCUAUGAGGAAUUUCAUCACUGGAUUUCCAUCCCAUUCUGUCUACUCUACCUUGUUGGAAUAAUGGGUAACUGUACUAUCCUACAUAUUGUUCGAACAGACAGCCGACUCCAUGAGCCCAUGUAUUGCUUCCUGGCCAUGCUGUCGCUUACUGACAUGAGCAUGUCCAUGCCCACGAUGAUAUCGCUCCUAAGAGUGUUGUGGUCCAUAUCCAGAGAGAUACAGUUUAAUACCUGUGUAGUCCAAAUGUUUUUUAUUCACACUUUUUCCUUCACUGAAUCAUCUGUGCUUUUGGCAAUGGCUCUUGAUAGGUAUGUGGCCAUCUGCCACCCUCUGAGAUAUGCCACCAUUCUUACUCCAAAACUAAUCACCAAAAUUGGGAUUCUAGCACUGCUUAGAAGUUCCUUACCCAUAAUUCCUCCUCUGGCCCGACUGACCUACUUUCCUUUCUGCCGCUCCCAUGUCCUUUCUCAUUCCUAUUGUCUGCACCAGGACAUGAUUCGUCUUGCCUGUGCUGACAUCAAGUUCAAUGUUAUAUACGGGUUGGUUCUAAUCAUUAUGCUGUGGGGCAUGGACUCUCUGGGUAUUUUUGUGUCUUAUAUUUUCAUCCUUCGCUCAGUGUUGAGAAUUGCAUCCCGUGAAGGAAGACUUAAAGCUCUCAACACGUGUGCAUCUCACAUCUGUGCUGUACUAAUUCUUUAUGUACCCAUGAUUGGCCUAUCCAUUGUCCACCGUUUUGCCAAACACUCUUCUCCCCUUAUCCACAUCUUCAUGGCUCAUAUCUACUUGUUGAUUCCACCUGUGCUCAACCCAGUCAUCUACAGUAUGAAGACCAAGCAGAUCCGACAGGGAAUCCUCCAUCUGCUUCUCCCUUCAGAACAUUAG